GGAUUCAAUAUGUUUCGUACCUUUCUAUAGGAAGUGCAGUCUUCCUAAGCACUUAACUAAAGACGACAUUAUUUUGCCUUUGAGGUAACAGAGCGGCAAGUUAAUUCGUCUGAAAGAAGUCAUAUUUCAGAUUGCUUUAAUAAAAGCAUGAGAAGAGUAACGCUCUUUGUCAAUGGAACCUCAAAAAAUGGAAAGGUUGUAGCUGUUUACGGGACUCUAUCAGAUUUGUUAUCUGUUGCAAGUAAUAAAUUGGGAAUCAGAGCUUGCAGUUUGUACAACAGCAAAGGAGGGCUCAUCGAUGACAUUGCACUUAUCAGAGAUGAUGAUGUCUUAUAUGUCUCAGAGGGGGAUGCUUUUGCUGAUCCUCAAAAUGGCACAAAGGCCUCGGAUGACUCCUGCUCUGGGGCGCAAACUGAUUGGUUGACUCUCAAUAUCGGCGGACGUCUCUUUACCACAACACGGAGCACUUUAGUUAGUAAGGAACCUGACAGUAUGUUGGCCCACAUGUUCGGGGAGAAAGAUGUGUGGGGUAACAAACAGGAUGAGCGUGGAGCUUACCUGAUCGACCGAAGCCCAGAGUACUUUGAACCUAUUCUGAACUACCUGCGACAUGGUCAGCUGAUUGUCAACGAAGGAAUCAAUCUCCUAGGGGUGUUGGAGGAAGCCCGGUUCUUCGGAAUUGAAGAGCUUGCUGAGCAGCUUGAAGUAGCCAUAAAGAACUCCCAUCCUCCUGAAGACCACUCUCCGCUCUCUCGCAAAGAGUUUGUCCGUUUCCUGCUGGCCACCCCAACCAAAUCAGAGCUUCGUUGUCAGGGCCUGAACUUCAGCGGUGCGGAUCUCUCUCGGUUGGACCUGCGAUACAUCAACUUCAAGAUGGCCAACCUUAGCCGCUGUAAUCUCACCCACGCCAACCUGUGCUGCUCCAACCUGGAGAGGGCCGAUCUCUCGGGGGCCAACCUAGAUGGUGCUAAUUUGCAAGGUGUCAAAAUGCUUUGCACAAAUGCUGAAGGGGCAUCUCUUAAGGGAUGCAAUUUUGAAGACCCCUCCGGACUUAAGGCAAACUUAGAAGGUGCCAACCUAAAAGGUGUGGAAAUGGAAGGCAGUCAGAUGACUGGCAUCAACCUCCGUGUGGCUACGCUGAAGAACGCCAAACUGAAGAACUGCAAUCUGAGGGGGGCCACCUUGGCUGGUACUGAUCUUGAGAACUGCGACCUGUCUGGCUGCGACCUGCAGGAGGCCAACCUCCGAGGCUCCAACGUCAAGGGCGCCAUUUUUGAAGAGAUGCUGACUCCACUGCACAUGUCCCAGAGUGUUAGAUAACUCGCACCACACAAAGCAUUCCAUUUGAGUAGGGAGGAGGGGUGAGGGUGGGGUUGGCAUGGCGCAUUGGGUGCCCGUCUAGCACACAUCACACCCCUCCACCCCACACCCCCUACCCAAGUCCCAGCCCCAUGUUGCGUUAGAAGCCCUGGAAAACCUAUGCAGUACUGGCAGAUUCCUGCCCUGAUCCUAUUGUUCUCUAACUCCCAUCGUAGCUUUACUCUCCUGCACCAGUGCACAAGCAGGGUUAUUGUUCUUUUGAUUUUCAAGGCCAACCCUGCGAUGUACAGUGGUCUGCCUGUCACCUGGUCCCCCUAUUUAUUGACACAUGUAGCUGGAAUGACUUCCUGGACUUGUUGUUUGUGUCACGACCUCGCUCAUUUCUGAUUAUGUGCGUGUUCGUAUACACCCACCAUUGUUUGUUUUUCAUUUAAUGUUGAUGAAAUGCUGUUUAUUUCAAGAUAAUGUUAUACCAAAAACAUGACAGCUGUGUGAGUUUACUACGAGCUCUAGACAAUUCAAAGAUGUUGACGACCGUAAAAGGCUUCCUUUGGCUUUGGUCAGAUUUGUUUGUUUAUUUUUUGUUGUUGUUUUUUUGGUGUUACUCUCCAGCUCUGCAGUAGCUCAGGGGCUAACAGAGACUAUUCUUAACUGAGAGGUAGCCUGCACUUCUUAAUGGACUGUAGUUUAGGGGUGUCUAUGGCCAGACACUGUGCUUGCUGCAUAAUAACUAGAAGAUUUCAGGUUCAAAUUAAAGCCAUAAUAUGUAAGGCAUGUUUUCAAAUGGCAAAUAAUCAUCCAAUCAUUUAAUGCUAAGCCUGUUUCCCCCCCCCCCCCAGCUUAGUAUAGUCCCACCUCUUAUUGUCCACUCAUUAUUUUUUGAGUAUGCAAUUUUAAGUAGCUGCCACGAAAUACUAAGCGCUCAUAGCCUAGAUGUUCAGUGUUUCAGUUUCUUGGUCUUGCUAGUGUAUAUGAAGUGAUGGAAGCUAGUGGGUUCUCCCUGGAUCUACCUCCCUCUCUGUCAGGACUUUGAGAAAAGCUUUUCUCAGCGGUUGGCUGCUCGGUUGAUUGUAUGGAAGAAUGUCUCUUAUUGCAUUUGAAUGAAGCCGUUGCAAUGACAUUUUGUUGUGUGUAAUGAAGACGAACCAAAUGGUUGGAUCAUGUGGGCAGUCCUCCGGUGAGAGUAUGGUUGUGCAACAACGCUCAUCAGAAGGGCGACGCUCACAGACACCAAUAGUAUGAACAUAUCUUUUCAUUUGUACAAUUCUAUAUCAAUGCUUUCCACCAAAAAUAUUGUAUCCGUUAAUUGUCUCUCUUUUUAUAUAAUUGUGACAUUGUUCCCUUCACACGUUUGUUUUGUUGGUUUGUUUUGAUUUGUUAAAGAAAUUACCAUUGUACCACUGUGCAUCCUACACCAAAUAUUUGAUUGGUUUCUAAGUUAUGUCCUAUUUUUCAGUAGAGUUCUUCCUCAUUGGCCUGGGUCAGAUUCUGCUCGAGAUGGCUCAGCCAACGCUGACCUCUCUGCUUGUCCUCUAGUGUGCUUUAAGUCUCCUAUCCAGCAGCUAGACACACUCUCUCACACACACACACACACACACACACACACACACACACACACACACCUCAGGAGCCACAGCUACAGUACUAGAGAUUUGGCUGUGUUAGGCUGUCCCCUCGACAGAACUGUCCCAAGGCAAUGACUCUUACCAGACUGUUAUCUUGGGUUACUAUUAUAUUGAGAUAUCAUCAUUGCUUGAUUGCUGUAGAAGGCAUUUUGUAUUACUAUUGCCAUUUUUUAUUUUAUUUUAUUUUAUUUUAUUUUAUCAUCAUACUAUUCACAUUUUAUCCUGGCCUGAACAUGUAUAACUACAAAUAGGAACUCAACCUUGUCAGUAUUGUUACUUGUCAAAGAAUUCCUCCCAAGAGUUGCUGUAAGCAUUUGGGAAGAUGGACGUGUUCUGCAUUACUGUUGUUGGUCUGUCAGUAGGGUUGUUGUUGUAGGUACUAUAGUCUAUCCUAAUGAAGGCAAUCACAUACAACUUUGCACUUGGAGGGCACCGUUCUAAAAACAUCAGACCCAGACAAAAAGGGGAGAUGCUAUUUAUUUUAUUAUGUAUCAGAAUAUAUUUAUCUGUGGCGGAGAAAGAUAUACUUAAAUGACAUAGAUUUGGUUCUCUUUGUGACUUUACCCUGCUCAACAGUUUUUGCACUUGCUGAACCAAGGAAGCAUAUCUCCAUAAAAGGACUGUGAGAACCAAA